AUGCCGCCCGUGAAUCGAGGUCUUCAUUUCGACGGUAUCGAAUCUCUCCCACGCCUCAAACUUGGUGCACGAGUUGCUCGUAAGAUGUUGCUUGAAGCCCACAAGUGGACAGGCAAGGAAGCUCUUAAUGGUGUUAUUAUCGAUGUCGUUGUUGAGCCGGAGCGAAUGUUCGAUAUUGCCAUGGAGCUAGCAGAGAAAUGGGCGCCGAAAACGAAGAUGGGAAAUGGCAACUACAAAACAUGGAACAUACAUCAGCGACGCGCUGGCCGGAUUCGUCAUCAGCCAACACAGACAAAUCAUCACCUGGGACACGUAGGGAAGGUCAAGAAUCUCGCGUUCAAUAUCGAGGGCGGAGAUUUUAUAGCCGCCCAUUUUAAUAAUGUCAAUAGAAGCGUGGCCGAGGAUAAAAUAGUUGCCUCCUUCGCGGCGGGCAAUAUCACCAGUUUUAUAAGGCCAUCUGCAUCAUGGGCCUUGGCUGUGGCGACCUCGUCGAAAAGGCCAAAAUGGUCAGCGACUGCUCCUGAGGUGUCGUGGAGAUAUGCUCUCAUCAUCACUGCUCCCUUCGGAGGGCCGGUCGUUCCGGAUGUGAAAAUAACCACGCCUGCGCCAUUGCCAUCGAGAUAUUUCGAAAGACUCGACCAAAGUACAUUCUGUCCAGCAAGCAUGUCACUGAGAAACUCAAAGGGUGAAGUCUGGAGGCCGGCAAUGAAGAUAGCCGAGCGCUGGCUAAGUGUCCCAUCAUCAGCCGUGCCAACACCCAGCUCAAAUGACAUUAUGGCUAUCCUUUGA